CAGAGAGACAGACAGACAGAGAGAGACAGACAGAGAGACACACAGACAGUCAGACAGACAGUCAGACAGACAGAGAGAGACAGACAGACUGACAGGCCCCUCCCACCUCUGUGUGGUCCCUCUCGCUGUAAGAAGCUGCUGCUCUGAGACAGACAGACACUGAGGAGCAACAUGAGGUUCGAGCGGAUCCUGGAUGAAGUCGGAGGCUUCUCCAGGUUCCAGUUCCUGCUGCUGUGCAUCCUGUGCCUGCCCCGCGCCAUCCUCCCCCUCCACUUCCUCCUGCACAACUUCAUCUCCGCCACCCCUGCUCACCGUUGUGAGCAGGGGACAACGCCCCGGCAGGACGACGCCUCCUCCAGCUCCUGUGGACCCCACGACCCGCUGACCUUUGACCUGGGCCGGGGAAACGGGACGGCGGCGUGCCCGCACGGCUGGACCUACGACCGCUCGCAGUUUAGCUCCACGACUGCGACCGAGUGGGAUCUGGUCUGCGACGACAAGCGGCUGAAUCAGGCGCUCGCCACCUACUUCUUCGUCGGCGUCAUGAUUGGAGCCGUUCUGUUCGGACAGCUCUCCGACAAGUUUGGACGCAAGUCGAUGCUCCUGGUGGCUUUAAUCUCCGCCACCGUGCUGGGAUUCAGCUCGGCCUUCUCCACCUCCUACGUCAUGUUCGCCUUGUCCAGAGCGCUGUGCGGCGUGGCCCUCAGCGGCAUUUCCAUCAUCGGAGUGGUCCUCGGUAUCGAGUGGACCGACGUGAAGCACCGGACCUUCACCGGUACCAUCAUGAGUUUGUCGUGGAGCAUGGGGAACAUGUCUCUGGCGCUGCUGGCCUACUUCAUACGAGACUGGAGACACCUGUUGCUGGCGGUGACGGCGCCCUGCCUCGUCGCCAUCCUCUUCUGGUGGUGGCUGCCGGAGUCGGCCCGCUGGCUGCUGGCCAACGGGCGAGUGGAGGAAGCCCAGAAGUAUCUGGUCCAGUGUGCUGCAAUGAACGGGAAGAAGAAAAACACAAGCACACUGAACACUGAGACUCUGGCGAAGGUGACGGUGUCUGAGGUGGCCGAGAGGAAUCACUCCUACCUGGAUCUGGUCAAAACGCCUCAGCUGAGGAAGAUCACCCUCUGCUCCGGAUUGUUCUGGUUUGCCGUCGCCUUCCUGUACUACGGCAUCAGCUUCAAGAUCUCAGGUUUCGGCGUCAACAUCUACCUCACGCAGUUCAUCUACGCCGCCAUCGAAGCUCCUGCCAAAAUCCUCACCUUCUUCGUCCUGGACUGGAUCGGCCGCAGGAACGGCCAGGCGUGGUCUCUGAUCAUAACUGGAGCCCUGAUUGGAGUCAACACAGUCGUACCUUUAGAGUUCUCGGUGCUUCGUACGUGUAUCGCUGUGGUGGCCAAGGGUUUCUCUGAGGCGGCGUUCACCACGGCGUUCCUCUAUUCAGCUGAGCUCUUCCCAACCGUCCUCAGGCAGUGCGGUAUAGGCUACACCUCGUGCCUCUGUCGGAUCGGGAGCUCCCUGGCUCCGAUGGUCAUACUGCUGGAGGACGUCUGGCUUCUUCUGCCGCCGCUGAUCUUCGCCGGGACGGGGAUCGCCAGCGGCAGCCUGGUCUUCCUGCUCCCCGAGACGCUGAACGUCCGCCUGCCAGAAAACAUCAUGGACGUGGAGGAGGGAAGACACAGGAGGCGUGAUGAAGACAGAGACGCAACGACCGAGCGGGAGGACACGGACGCCAAGGACGCAACAGCACCACUGGACAUCUGAUGAAAUAUGAAAUGCUGGUGUGCGUCUGUGAAAGACCAUUUGUAUCAGUCGAGCUCCACUUUCACCGUCCGGGUCCUGGAUGCUGCUCCGGCCUCUUCUGAUACACUGUACAUGGAAAUAAAAGGUUUUCUGUGGAACUGUC